AAGUGAACAAUUUAUUAAUUUUUUUACAUUGUACACUCACAUUGCGAUUAAAAUAUGAAUAGAUAUUAAAAUAUGAAUAGAUAUAAUAAGAUAUAAAAUCAUAGAAAAGACAAUUUUAAAAUUUAGUCUGCUUCAGUUCUGGUCACUUAUUCACAUACAAUGAAAUGCUUAAAUUCCUACACAUAGUCUUUUUCCGCGUAUCUUUCUCUCUCUCUCAUUCUCUCUUAUUUCGGCGUGCGGUAAAUUUAGUUUCACCUACCAGCUUCAAAGUCCUCAGUAGAUGUUCUACCAUGGUAUAGUUAGUUACUCUCUAAGGGUAAGUUUCAACAGCAUACCUUAUAAGACAUAGUAUUUACACACGUAUACAAAUAUAAGUGAGUAAGUUUUUAUAAAAGAUUUAUACGUGACUCGAAGGAAAAACAGACGCAACAACUCUGAAGAAGAUUAUUUAUAUGCGAAAUGGAAAUAGCAAAGGAACUCGUACUGAGUCUCAAGCAAAAUAAUAAGUCGCACGUUGGAUAUGGAUUGCAAAAAGAAAGCGAAGCUCUUGUGGGACAUAUCUUACAGAACAUGGUCAGAUCCCAGAUGCCAUCGCUACAUGCUGUAACGAAAAAUGAAGAAGACUCUAUUAGAUAUAGAGAAGAAGGUAAUCAACACUUUGUAAUGGGUGAUGAUCUGGAAGCUAUUGAGUGUUACACCCUGAGCUUAGCGUAUGCCGACAACGACGAACUCAUGGCGUAUGCACACGCAAAUCGUUCUGCCGCUCUGUACAGGAAACAAUUGUAUAAGGAGUGUCUGAUAGAUAUUGAUGCAGCUUUGUGUCACGGAUAUCCAAAAGAAAAGCGAAGCAAGUUAAAGGAAAGGGGAGAUAGAGCAAUAGAAGAGAUUAACAAGCAAUUACAGACAGAGAAUAUCGAGGAGCAAGUUAUGGAUGAACCAAAUAACGUUGAAAAAUCUGCUAUGAAACCAGGAAGCUCCGAGUACAUCGUGGACGAGGCGAAAAAGAUACUAGAAAAAGAUCAAGUGAUUAAUGGUCAGGAGGAACGAGAGGUGAUGUCUAAUGAAAGUUACCUUUAUCACGCAACGAAGAUCCCUUCGCAGAAACCGAGGUACUUGCAGAACGACGACUUCUCCAAGCUGCCGUAUGGUCCGAGCAAGGAAGUUCCUGCUGUCAGUGACGGCGUCGCGGUAUCUUUCUCCGAAAGAUACGGCAGACAUUAUGUAGCGACGCGGGACUUCAAGCCCGGCGACAUAGUCUGUAUCGAAGAUCCAUACGCACAUGUUAUUUAUGAGGAGCGGUAUUACACACAUUGUCACUAUUGCUUGUCCAGAAGCUAUAAUUUGAUACCGUGCUCCAAGUGUCCCAUAGCUCAAUAUUGUUCUAAAAAAUGCAGGAAAUUGGCGUGGGCGAUGUGUCAUGAGACAGAAUGUCCAAUUUUAAAGCUGUUGACCAAUUUGCUUAAUGUCGAUAAGGAUAAAAUAAGAAUGAUUUCUAAAAUUAUACGACUGCUGAUUACAGUGACAGGAAAUGGAAAUAAGAUCAAGGAGUUGCAACAGGAUAUGAAAAUUGCAGAAUCUAAUCCAGACAGUAGAACGGCAGGAUUUACUGAUGCUGGAAUACUAGAUACUUUCAGUGCACGAUCUGCUUUGAGUCUGGCAACUAAUAUGACUACAAGACCUCUCAUCGGGAUUAGCGCGUUUGCUUGUAUCUCGGCUCUCGCAGUGAUUCUUCUAGCUACGCAGACGAAAUUCUUCCCGAAGAAAUACGAAAUGGACGAUCUGAAGGACAUCAGUGAAUUCUCCGAGCUUAAAUUCUGCGCCAGUAUAAUGUUUCGCGCCUGUGUAAUAAUGUCAUGUAAUUGCUUCUCAGUGCAACAGGAGCCGGGGAUCGUAUCAGGCUCAGGUUUGUAUGUAGCUCACAGUUUGUACAAUCAUUCUUGCGCGCCGAACACUUUUCGACACUUUGAGGGGCUCACCAUGAUUACGCGUGCAUUGACACCUAUACGUCCCGGCGAUCAGAUAUUCACCAGCUAUGGUGGUGUGUACGCGCAUAUGCCUAGAUUUGAGAGAAAGCAAAAGAUAUUGCAGGACUACUUUUUCGACUGCGAUUGCCCGGCGUGUGAGAAUGACUGGCCGACGUACAAUGAGAUUCUACGAGGUCACAUCGGAUCUAUCUCCAAAAACAAAAAACUUGUAGAAAAGCUGAGACCUUUCAGGGAGAGACUGCUCUUGAAUAUGUAUGAUAUCGACGCGGUAAAGGCUGUUCUCGACAUAUUGCACGAAGAAGUUACAAAAUAUCCGUGUGAGGAAAUGCUUCACGCGGAACAAUAUCUAAAGAGCUAUUACUUGGGUAAAUUUAAGUGAACAUUACUAUUGCGAUGUUUUUUGCACUUAAAAACAGCUUUCGUAUGUAUACAGCUCUGCUUCAUGCUAAUGCUUCUCGCUUUGGCAAUAGUAUUUUGUUUAUUAUUCUUUUAGUCGAUACUUUUAGCUUGAUGUAAGCGUGCAUGGCUUUGUUACCUUCUUUUAGCCAAUAAAGUUACCUUUUGCAGCAUUA